AUAAAUUUUUCAGUGUGGCAGCGAAUAGUAUGUGCGCGCUCGGCCGCUGAUAUAUCGUGUCGACGCCGGGUAUGUGCGCAUGCACACGUAUCGCGUCGCAGAAAUCUCGUGUGUAUGUUACAGGUCUUCGCGGUCGGUGCGCGACGUAUCGCGAUGUCCGCUGUGACGAAAAAGCCGGAGGUGGUGUUCAUCCUUGGCGGCCCGGGUGCCGGCAAGGGUACCCUGUGUCGCUACAUCGUCGAGCGAUAUGGUUAUGUCCAUCUGUCGGCCGGUGACUUGCUGCGAGAGGAACGCGCCAAGCCAGGUUCGCAAUACGGUGAACUGAUUGAAACUCAUAUAAAAAAUGGCACGAUCGUGCCGGUGGAGAUCACCUGUAGUCUUCUGGAUCGUGCUAUGCACAUCUCUGACAACCCAUAUAAACGUUUCCUCAUUGACGGCUUCCCAAGGAACCAAGAUAAUCUCGACGGCUGGAAUAAGGUGAUGGCUGACAAGGUUAUCUUGAAAGGGGUCAUAUUCUGUGAGUGUAGUCAAGAAGUUUGUACUCAGCGUUGCUUAAAUCGUGGCGCUGGAGGAAGUGGUCGCAGCGAUGAUAACGAACAGUCAUUGGUUCUUCGUCAUCAGACUUAUUUACAAAAUACAAUACCAAUAGUAGCUUUGUACGAACAACAAGGCUUAGUUUUCAAGGUUGAUUCUAUGAAACCGCCAGGACAAGUGUUUCAGGAUGGUACAGAGUUCCUCUCUAAGAUAGGCUGGUAAUAACGAUAUAUGGAACACUAAGAUAAGAUUACGCAUCGGCAUUGAGUUUUAUCUUCAAUAUGAACAUUUUUUUUUAGAGUAGCACCUAUAUUUUGUAGAACUUGACACUUUAUCUGAGAUAUAGCAGAUUUUACAUCGGUUAGUUUUAUCUGUAGAAUUUUUCUAUACAAAUAUACAGCGCAUACACUGG